GCAGGCAAGCCUUGAGUCACGCGCCCUACUGUCCCUACUGUCGACCGCAGCGGGCCGUCCACUCCGAUCACUGUUUUUUCAUUGCUUCAUGGAGGUGGUAAACACGCGGUCGGCCCUAUUGUCAAACUUUGAAGUACUAUCUUUGUUACGCGAACUCGAGAACGACCAUCUUGCACGCACGAAAACUGCCUUGCGAAUAAAAAAGGAGGAAGAAGCUGCUGGUGUUGUUUCUUCGAUCGUACCAGGGGAGAAACACCCAAGUAAUGUUGAAGUCAUUCAUAAUCUGCGGACAAUCGAAGUUGAGGCAAUCCAGUACCUAUCUGCAGAAUAUCAGCCCACCAAGUCCCAGACGGAGCAAGGCAUCACGCGGGUUGUAAAGGACCUCGAUAAGUACUCCUUGACGAAAGCAGAGAAAUUGCAGGUGGUAAAUCUCGCUCCCACUUUACCCGUGGAGCUCUACGUGAUUGUAGAAGACCUCGAGGAUCGGUUAGGAGAAUCCAUGGAAGAAAUCCUUGCGAACGUUCAGUCUUCGUUAUCUUCCUCGGCGAGCACGACGACGGAAAUGAAUUCAUAUCCAUCUACUGUCCAUGAGGAGUUUGAGCCAGCAAACGAGGAAGACACGUCGUUCUGGGAUGCUGAAGGCGACGUCGAUACUGAGAUACAGUUUGAUGAUACGGGAGAAGGUGCUGGAGUCGAGGGCGAUCUUGAUGUCGAAGACGACUAAGUGAGAGCAUAUUUCUCUUGUAUCUUGUCCCUUCAUAUGUAUCAGUUAGACAAGCAUCUGUCCCAUUUCCUCCAUAAUAUGUAAUACAGCGCUGUUAUAACACAGGACCUU